GGACCUUCAGGUCUGAUCCGGUUCAGUUCAAACUGGACCUUCAGGUCUGAUCCGGUUCGGUUCAAACUGGACUCAAAGAUCUUCCUCAUGUUUGUUAAGUUUAUGAUUUAUUUCUUCCCUCUGGACAUCAGUGAUAAACAUUCUCCUGCCUCGGGGGAUCGGUGGUUAAAGUGUUCUUGAGAUGAAAUCUUUUUACAAUAAUUGAUGAAAAUUCAGACGUUCAGGAGUCCAAAGAUCAGAGCAUCUGAUGGACUCUGGCCUGCUGUAAGAACCUCAUGUCUGUUCCUCUCUGAACUCGGAUCUUUCUGUCUGAAUGAAGAGUUUUUGGGUUUCUGGAGAGAAUCAAAUUUUGAUGAACAAUGAAGAAAAUUCCAGGACGUGAUUCGGUGUUCCUGGACAGCAGCUGCUGUUCCUGCAGCUGCCGGUCUUAGAACACGGAUCUCUGCCUGAUCGCCGGUGUGACGCAGGAUCUUCACGCUCUGCUGCACAGCUUCAGAGGAACCUUUGCUCCUGCAGGGCUCCUUAAAAGCUGCGUGGGAGGUUCAGCAGGAGUCGUCCUCUGCAGCCAUGACCACCUUCGAUGACCUCCUGGAGGAGGCCGGCGCCUUCGGCCGCUGCCAGAAGCGGAUCUUCGCCCUGCUGUGCCUCGUGUCUCUGCCGUUCGCCGGCGUCUACGUGGGCAUCGUCUUCCAGGGCUUCACGCCGGAGCACUGGUGCCGGGACGCCACGCUGGCGGAGAGGAGGCAGGCGUGUGGAUGGAGCCUGGCGGACAGCCGCAGGCUGGUGGCGCCGCUGGUCAACGUCUCCGGAGAGCUGCAGCGCAGCAGCUGCGAGCGCUACGAGGUGGACUGGAACGCCACGGCGCCCACCUGCGAGGCGGAGGAGCUGCACCUGAGCGGGAGGCCGACCACCGGCUGCAAGGAGGGGUGGGAGUACGACUACGAGGGACGGCAGUCCUUCGCCACGGAGUUUGACCUGGUCUGCUCGGACGGCUGGUUGGUGGACAUGUUCCAGGCCACGCUCAACGUGGGCUUCCUGGUGGGGAGCAUUGCCAUUGGUUACCUGGCUGACAGGUUUGGCAGGAAGAUGAGCUUCUUGAUGUCCUCGCUGCUGAACGCCGCCGCAGGCGUCCUGGUGGCGGUCUCCCCGAACUACACGCUCCUGCUGGUGUUCAGAACCCUCUCCGGGUUCGGCGUGAAAGGCGGCUGGAUGGCCGGAUACGUCCUGAUCACAGAGAUCGUGGGGGUGGAGUUCCGGCGGAUGGUGGGGGUCCUGUAUCAGAUGUUCUUCAGCGUCGGCCUCCUCAUCCUCCCGCUGCUCGCCUACUUCAUCCCUGAUUGGCGCUGGCUGCAGCUCGCCAUCACGGCGCCGUACGUCCUGUUCCUGUCCUACUACUGGGUCAUCCCAGAAUCUCCUCGAUGGCUUCUGUCUCAGAACAAGAAGUCCGAAGUGGUGAAGAUCACGGAGUCCAUGGCCAAAGAGAACGGGAGGACGUUGUCCAAAAACAUCCAGACUCUGACGGACGAUGAAACAGAAUCCACCACCGCCUCCUUCAUGGACCUGAUCCGAACCCCAAACAUGAGGAAGCACACGUUAAUCCUGAGCUAUAACUGGUUCACCAGCGCCGUGGUCUACCAGGGUUUGAUCAUGCGCCUCGGCAUUCUGGGAGGAAAUGUCUACAUGGACUUCCUCAUCUCCGGCCUGGUGGAGUUCCCCGCGGCGUUCCUCAUCCUUUUUACCAUCGAGCGGAUCGGCCGCCGCCUGCCGUUCGCCUCGGCUAACAUCGUGGCCGGAGCAUCCUGCUUCAUCACCGCCUUCGUCCCUGACAGCCUGUUCUGGCUGAAGACGGUGGUGGCCUGCAUCGGCCGGCUGGGGAUCACCAUGGCCUUUGAGAUGGUGGUCUUCGUCAACACCGAGCUGUACCCCACCUUUGUCAGGAACCUGGGGGUGUCGGUGUGUUCCACUCUGUGUGAUGUCGGCGGCAUCGUGGCUCCGUUCCUGCUCUACCGGCUGGCUGUGAUCUGGCUGGAGCUGCCGCUCAUCAUCUUUGGCUUCCUGGCGUUCCUGGCUGGAGGUUUGGUUCUGCUGCUCCCUGAGACCAGAGGCAUGCCGCUGCCCGACUCCAUCCAGGACGUGGAGUUCCCAGAGAGAGUGAAGGAGAAAGCUCAGCAGGUCGUCCUGCUGCCCCCCCCCAACAAAAACAACGAC